AUGGGGUUCCCGCCUAAGUGGUGCAAGUGGGUCAUGGGAAUUCUGGAGUCGGCGCGGGCUUCGGUUUUGGUUAAUGGAGCCCCCACCUUCGAGUUUAAAUGCAAUAAAGGCUUGCGACAAGGGGAUCCUAUCUCCCCGUUUCUCUUUAUCGUCGCCAUGGAAGCGCUCUCGAGUAUGCUUAGGAAAGGGUGUGAUUCGGGUGUUUUGGACGGGAUUGAGCUCCCUAACAACGGGCUGAGGAUCUCGCAUCUUUUCUACGCCGACGAUGCAUUGAUUAUCGGUAAGUGGUCCAGAACCAACAUCAUGAACGUUGUGAGAAUCCUCAGAUGUUUUUUCGUUUGUUCGCGUCUCAAGAUCAACAUCGGAAAGUCUAAUCUUUAUGGGGCUCGGGUUACUAGUUUGGAGGUGGUCGAAGUGGCCGAGGCUGUUGGUUGCUUGGCUGAUUCUCUCCCUUUUAAGUACCUUGGUCUAACGGUGGGCGCUAACAUGAACCGCAUUUGCAAUUGGAGACCGGUCUAUGAUUUGUUUAAAAAGCGUUUCUCGUAA